CUAACCUCAUAUAGUAGUUAUCUCAGAGUUUAAGCAUUGCAAUUGAAUUGAAUCAUAAAACUUUUUUCAUACUGAUGGCAAAUCUCGUAUUCCUUUCUCUAUUUAUGUUUCCUUUGCUUAUAUUUAGCUAUUUUCUUCUGAAAUUUUCCUACUCCAUCUUGUUAAAACCAAAGUUGCUGGAGAAGCGCUUGAAACAGCAAGGAUUCAAAGGCACUCAUUACAAGUUGUUACUUGGAGACCUCAAAGAUGUUGGUAAGCAAAUGGAUGAAGCUUGGUCCAAGCCUAUUAGCUUAACCCAUGAUAUCGUGCCACGUGUUGAUCCAUUCACGCAUUACAUGGUCGAAAAAUAUGGGAAGAUAUCUCUGAGUUGGCUAGGGACAUCACCAAGAUUGAUCAUCAUGGAUCCAACACUGAUAAAAGAAAUUCUCUUAAACAAACAAGGCCACUUCCAUUUACCACCAUUGAACCCUCUUAUAUUGAUUCUAACUAAAGGAUUGACAACUCUACAUGGUGAAAAAUGGGAUAUGCACAGAAAGAUAAUCAACCCUGCUUUCCACUUGGAAAAAUUGAAGGGCAUGAUCCCAACAAUUGCAGAAAGCUGUGCAUUCAUGAUAGAGAAAUGGAUGAACUCAAUUAGCCAUGAGGGAACUUCAGAAAUAGAUAUUUGGCCUGCAUUUCAAGAUCUUACUGGUGAUAUCAUUUCAAGAACAGCAUUUGGUAGUAGCUACAAAGAUGGAAAGAACAUCCUAGAACUUCAAAAAGAACUGCAACAACUUGUCAUAGAAGCCAUGGGAAUGUUAUACUAUAUUCCUGGUUUUAGAUUUGUUCCAACAAAGAAGAAUCGCAGACGAAAGGAACUAGACAGAAGGAUCACUUCAAUGCUUAAAAGAAUCGUCGACACAAAGGAUAACAUGAUCAGCACUGGACAAACCAGGGGAGAUGACUUACUUGGUUUGCUCUUGCAAACUAACAAAGAGAACAAUUCACUAAAUAAUAGCCAUAUGACAAUGGAGGACAUAAUAGAAGAAUGCAAACAAUUUUACCUUGCUGGUCAUGAAACAACAUCAAGCUUAUUGACAUGGACGCUAAUUGUAUUGGCUAUACACCAGGAUUGGCAAGAAAAGGCAAGGCAAGAAGUUUUACAUGUAUGUAAGGAGAAGAAUCCUGAUGCGGAAGCAAUAAGCCACCUCAAAAUUGUAACAAUUAUACUCAAUGAAGUUCUCAGGCUAUAUCCACCAGUGAUUGCUCUAUAUAAACGCGCUUACAAGGAAUGUAGAAUAGGAGAUCUCUCAAUUCCAGAAGGGAUGGAUCUGACACUACCUAUAAUGCUAAUUAACCGCGAUACUGAGCUAUGGGGUGAAGAUGCAGAAGAAUUUAAACCAGAGAGGUUCGCGGAAGGAAUUUCAAACGCUUGCAAAGAUCAAACGCAGAUGGCAUUCAUGCCAUUUGGAUGGGGGCCAAGGACUUGCAUUGGCCAAAAUUUUGUAAUGAUAGAAGCAAAGGUUGCUCUCUCCAUGAUACUAAAGCAAUUCACCUUCAAGCUCUCACCAACUUAUGCUCAUGCUCCUUAUACUGUUAUGACGCUUCAACCCCAACAUGGAGCUCAGAUCAUGUUUCACCGGCUUAAUUAGUAUACAUCCAGUUAUUAUGUGUUGAAGUUUCUCAUAAAAUAAGAUAAAAUCAUGUCUCAUAUUUUCCCUUCCGUGUAGAUGAGCUUAUGAAUUGAGUGUGUCAAAAUAAAGGUAGUCCUUGAUAUCAAAUAAAAAGAGUGGUUAAGCAUGAUAGCAUACAA